AUGACGCGGCUGGAGCACAGUAGUGGAAGACAGUGGAAGACAGAAGGGAUAGGAGAGAGGCCAAGUCCGGCUGCCGAGACGAUAGGAGCUAGGCUCAAUGGAGCCUUCAAAUGCCAGACCCGGGCUGCAGAGCGUGUCCCCCCGCUUGUAUACCUUGUUAAAAGGCAGAGGCGUCACAGCAGGGCAGACAUGACCCUGUGUGGGAAGCUGCAGAACGGCCAGGUUAGCCAAGAUGGAAAAUCACUGCUUGACAAACUUCAGCGCCCUUUAUCUCCUAGUAGCUCUGAUUCCUUAACUGCUUCAGCUAAUUACUCUAAGGCUGUGCAUCAUGUCCUGGAUGUUAUUCAUGAAGUUCUGCACCAUCAGAGACAGCUAGAGAAUAUUUGGCAACAUCGGAAAGUUCGUUUACAUCAAAGAUUACAACUAUGUGUUUUUCAACAAGAUGUUCAACAGGUGUUGGAUUGGAUUGAAAAUCAUGGUGAAGCAUUUUUAAGUAAGCACACUGGUGUUGGAAAAUCCCUUCACAGAGCAAGAGCCUUGCAAAAACGUCAUGAAGAUUUUGAAGAAGUUGCUCAGAAUACUUAUACCAAUGCAGACAAGUUGCUGGAAGCCGCUGAGCAGUUGGCGCAAACCGGAGAAUGUGACCCAGAAGAAAUUUAUCAAGCAGCCCAUCAGUUAGAAGACCGAAUCCAAGAUUUUGUCAGACGGGUUGAACAUCGAAAGAUUUUACUAGAUAUGUCUGUGUCUCUUCACUCCCAUGUAAAAGAGCUUUGGGCUUGGCUGGAGGACCUCCAGAAGGAACUGUUAGAUGAUGUGUACGCUGAGUCGGUAGAAGCUGUUCAGGAUUUAAUCAAGCGCUUUGGGCAGCAGCAGCAGACAACACUCCAAUUUACCGUCAACAUUAUUAAGGAAGGGGAAGAUCUAAUUCAACAGCUAAGAGAUUCAGCUGUUUCCAGUAACAAGACUCCACACAACAGCUCUAUUAAUCAUAUAGAGAGCAUUCUUCAGCAGCUGGAUGAAGCCCAAUCGCAGAUGGAAGAACUUUUUCAUGAGAGAAAAAUAAAGCUAGAACUUUUUUUGCAACUGCGGGUAUUUGAAAGAGAUGCUAUUGAUAUAAUCUCUGAUCUAGAGUCUUGGAAUGAUGAACUUUCUUUACAAAUGAAUGACUUUGACACAGAGGAUCUUACACUUGCAGAACAAAGACUGCAGCACCAUGCUGACAAAGCCCUAACAAUGAAUAACUUGACUUUUGAUGUCAUCCACCAAGGACAAGAACUAUUACAAUAUGUCAAUGAGGUCCAGUCUUCAGGAGUUGAUCUUCUCUGUGACAGAGAUGUGGAUAUGUCAACAAGAGUGCAAGAUUUGCUAGAGUUCCUCAAUGAAAAACAACAAGAUUUGGACCUGUCAGCGGAACAGCACCGAAAACACUUAGAACAGUGUGUUCAGCUUCGUCAUCUUCAAGCUGAAGUAAAACAGGUACUGGGUUGGAUCCGUAAUGGAGAAUCUAUGCUAAAUGCUGGUCUCAUUACUGCCAGCUCACUGCAGGAAGCUGAACAACUUCAAAGGGAACAUGAACAAUUCCAGCAUGCAAUAGAAAAAACACACCAAAAUGCGCUGCAGGUGCAGCAGAAAGCAGAGGCUUUGCUCCAAGCGAACCAUUAUGAUAUGGAUAUGAUCAGGGAUUGUGCAGAAAAAGUAGCUUCUCAUUGGCAACAGUUGAUGCUGAAAAUGGAAGACCGACUAAAACUUGUAAAUGCCUCUGUGGCCUUUUAUAAAACAUCUGAACAGGUAUGUAGUGUUCUAGAAAGCCUUGAACAGGAGUACAAGAGAGAGGAAGAUUGGUGUGGAGGUGCUGACAAACUUGGGCCAAAUUCUGAAACUGACCAUGUCACUCCUAUGAUUUGCAAACAUCUUGAACAAAAGGAGGCCUUCCUGAAGGCUUGUAGCCUGGCUCGAAGAAACGCUGAUGUCUUCUUGAAAUACCUGCACAGGAAUAGUGUAAACAUGCCAGGCAUGGUAUCACAUGUCAAAGCUCCAGAACAACAAGUAAAGAAUAUCCUAAAUGAAUUGUUUCAAAGAGAAAACCGGGUACUUCAUUAUUGGACUCUUAGGAAAAGACGACUAGACCAUUGCCAGCAAUAUGUUGUGUUUGAAAGAAGUGCUAAACAGGCUCUUGAGUGGAUCCAGGAUAAUGGGGAAUUCUAUAUCUCCACACAUACAUCAACUGGUUCUACUAUUCAGCAUACUCAAGAGCUUUUAAAGGAGCAUGAAGAAUUUCAAAUCACAGCUAAGCAAACAAGAGAGAGGGUAAAAUUGUUAAUACAACUAGCUGAUGGCUUUUGUGAAAAAGGACAUGCGCAUUCUUCAGAAAUUAAGAAAUGCAUUACAGUUGUGGACAAAAGGUAUAGAGAUUUCUCUCUACGUAUGGAAAAGUAUCGUACAUCAUUGGAAAAAGCUCUUGGGAUUUAUUCAGAUUCCAACAAGUUGAGUAAGAGUUUGCAGUUGGACAUAACUCCUGGCAGCACCCCAGGCUGUGAAGUAAAGCUUCGUGAAGCUACACAUGAACUCAAUGAGGAAAAAAGAAAAUCUGCUCGUAGGAAAGAGUAUAUCAUGGCUGAGCUGAUUCAAACGGAAAAGACAUAUGUGAGAGAUCUGCGGGAAUGUUUGGAUACAUAUUUGUGGGAAAUUACAAGUGGCGUUGAAGACAUUCCACCUGGCAUAGCAAAUAAAGAGCACAUUAUCUUUGGGAAUAUGCCGGAAAUUUAUGAAUUUCAUAACAACAUUUUUUUAAAAGAGCUUGAAAAGUAUGAGCAGCUACCUGAAGAUGUAGGACAUUGCUUUGUGACGUGGGCUGAUAAAUUUCAGAUGUAUGUGUCUUAUUGCAAAAAUAAACCAGAUUCCACCCAACUGAUCUUGGAUCAAGCAGGAACUUAUUUUGAUGAAAUUCAACAACGCCAUGAAUUAGCAAACUCUAUUUCUUCUUACCUUAUUAAGCCUGUACAAAGGAUCACAAAGUACCAACUUUUGUUGAAGGAGCUCUUGACUUGCUGUGAAGAAGGCAAAGGAGAAAUUAAAGAUGGACUAGAAGUGAUGCUUAGUGUUCCAAAACGAGCAAAUGAUGCCAUGCAUCUAAGCAUGUUAGAAGGAUUUGAUGAGAACAUUGAAACUCAGGGAGAAUUGAUUCUACAAGAAUCCUUCCAAGUAUGGGAUCCUAAAACCUUGAUACGGAAAGGGCGUGAAAGACAUUUGUUUCUUUUUGAAAUGUCUCUUGUCUUCAGUAAAGAAGUGAAAGAUUCCAGUGGAAGAAGCAAGUACAUUUACAAGAUGAAAUUAUUUACUUCUGAAUUGGGUGUCACAGAACACGUGGAAGGAGACCCAUGUAAAUUUGCACUUUGGAUUGGUAGAACUCCAACGUCAGACAACAAAAUUGUCCUUAAGGGAUCAAGCAUCGAGAACAAACAAGACUGGAUAAAACAUAUAAGAGAAGUUAUACAAGACAGAACUAUUCAUUUAAGAGGUGCUUUAAAAGAGCCAAUUCAUACACUGAAAGCAGUGUCGCCUAAACAAAAGCCUGUCAAAAGGGAUGGUGAAGACUUGGACAGUCAGGGAGAUGGCAGUCAACCUGAUACCAUUUCAAUAGCAUCUAGAACUUCACAAAAUACACUAGACAGUGAUAAGCUUUCUGGUGGGUGUGAGCUGACGGUGGUCAUCCAGGAUUUCACUGCUUGUAAUAGUAAUGAAUUGACAAUACGAAGGGGACAGACUGUUGAAAUUUUAGAGAAACAACACGACCGAUCUGAAUGGUGCCUGGUUCGAACUACUGACAAAUCGCCAGCUGCAGAGGGCUUAGUUCCUUGUAGCUCACUUUGCAUUGCACACUCAAGGAGCAGCAUGGAAAUGGAAGGCAUAUUUAAUCACAAAGAAAUCAAUAUCCGGGGGCGUGGCUUGCUCAUGGCCGUGGACGGACGCAUGUAA